AUGGCCGGUAGGACGCGGAGCGGCGAAGCGCUGCGGGUGGUGGCUCGGUGCCGCCCCAUGAGCCGGCGGGAGGAGGCUGCGGGCUGCGAGCGAGUCCUGGAGCUGGAGGUGAAGCUGGGCCGGGUGACCAUCCGCAACCCCCGCGCCGCGCCCGGUGAGCUGCCCAAGACUUUCACCUUCGACGCCGUGUACGACGCCAGCUCCAAGCAGGCGGAUCUGUACGACGAGACCGUGCGGCCGCUGGUGGACUCGGUGCUGCGGGGCUUCAAUGGCACCGUGCUGGCCUACGGGCAGACGGGCACCGGCAAGACAUACACCAUGCAGGGAGCAUGGGGGGACCCCGAGACGCGCGGCAUCAUCCCCAGCUCCUUCGAGCACAUCUUCACGCACAUCUCGCGCUCGCAGAACCAGCAGUACCUGGUGCGAGCCUCCUACCUGGAGAUCUACCAGGAGGAGAUCCGCGAUCUGCUGGCCAAGGACCAGAGCAAGAAGUUGGAGCUGAAGGAGAACCCCGAGACGGGUGUCUACAUCAAGGACCUCUCCUCCUUCGUCACCAAGAACGUGAAGGAGAUCGAGCACGUGAUGAACCUGGGCAGCCAGGCGCGCUCGGUGGGCAGCACCAACAUGAAUGAGCACAGCUCUCGCUCGCACGCCAUCUUCCUCAUCACGGUGGAGUGCAGCGAGACGGGGCCGGAUGGCCACGAGCACAUCCGUGUUGGGAAGCUCAACCUGGUGGACCUGGCGGGCAGUGAGAGGCAGAGCAAAACGGGCGGCCCCGGAGAGCGGCCCAAAGAAGCCUCCAAGAUCAACCUGUCCCUCUCUGCUUUGGGCAACGUCAUCUCGGCGCUGGUGGAUGGCAAGAGCACACACGUCCCAUACCGGGACUCCAAGCUGACCCGCCUGCUGCAAGACUCACUGGGAGGCAAUGCCAAGACCAUCAUGGUGGCCACCUUGGGCCCGGCGUCGCACAGUUACGAGGAGAGCCUCUCCACCCUCCGGUUCGCCAACAGGGCCAAGAACAUCAAGAACAAACCCCGGGUGAACGAGGACCCCAAGGACACGUUGCUGCGGGAGUUCCAGGAGGAGAUCGUGAGGCUGAAGGCGCAGCUGGAGAGGCGCGGAAUGCUGGGCAAGAAGAGGAGGAGGAGCAGCCGGAGGAAGAAGGCGGCGGAUGGGGAGACAGCGACGGAGAAUGAAGGGGAGGAUGACAAUGAGGACGGGCUGGAGAAGAACAUGGAGAACUACCUGCAGGAGCAGAAAGAGAGGCUGGAAGAGGAGAAGGCCGCUAUCCGCGAUGACCACAGCCUGGUGAGCGAGGAGAAGCAGAAGCUGCUGGAGGAGAAGGAGAAAAUGAUCGAGGACCUGCGGAAGGAGCAGGAGGCCACGGAGCUGCUGGCCACCAAGUACAAGGCCAUGGAGAGCAAGUUGCUGAUCGGCGGCAGGACCAUCGUGGACCACACCAAUGAGCAGCAGAAGAUGCUGGAGCUGAAGCGGCAAGAGAUAGCUGAGCAGAAACGCCGCGAGAGGGAGAUGCAGCAGGAGAUGCUGCUUAGGGAUGAGGAGACCAUGGAGCUGCGGGAGACCUACACAUCCCUGCAACAGGAGGUGGAGAUCAAGACCAAAAAACUGAAGAAGCUUUACGCCAAGCUGCAGGCUGUGAAGGCAGAGAUCCAGGACCAGCACGACGAGUACAUCCGUGUGCGGCAGGACCUGGAGGAGGCACAGAACGAGCAGACACGGGAGCUCAAGCUCAAGUACCUGAUCAUCGAGAACUUCAUCCCACCAGAGGAGAAGAACAAGAUCAUGAACCGCCUCUACUUUGACUGCGAGGAGGACCAGUGGAAGUUCCAACCGUUGGUGCCGGCCGGCGGGAACAGUAACCAAAUGAAGAAGAGGCCAACAUCUGCAGUGGGGUAUAAGAGACCCAUCAGCCAGUAUGCCCGUGUGGCCAUGGCCAUGGGAUCACAUCCACGGUAUCGGGCUGAGAACAUCAUGUUCCUGGAGCUGGACGUCUCCCCUCCAGCAGUGUUUGAGUUUGAGCGGAGCCGGGACCCAGCCGAGCAGGACCCACGGGCUCUGCACCUGGAGAGGCUGAUGCACCUGGACAGCAUCCUGGAGAGACCAGCAGCCUCCCGGGUGAGGAAGUCCCGCUCCUGGUGCCAGACACCACGGUCGCUGCCAUCCUCCACUACACACGUGUCCCUCGCUGCUGGCUCCCCACGCACCUCUGUGACACCGGCACAGGAGUGAUGGCCCCAGGACCCCAUAAUCCCAGGACCCCCAACCCCAGGACCCCCGACACCAGGACUUUAUGGCCCCAGGACUGUGGCCACCUCCACCCCAGGGCUGUGCAGUGUCCCCAGCGGCAGCGUCCCACCGCCUUCAGCUACUUAUGUGCACUGUAUGUGUGUGAGAUGCUCCCAGCAGCUCUGAGAUGGUGGGAGCCGCCCUCUUCAUCCUCUUUUUCCCCAACACACCCCUCCCAAGUCUGGAUCUGUCACUUUAUUUAUUUAAUGUAUUUAUUUAUGGAGUGGUUGACGAGCGGCUGGAAUGUGCUCUCGCAGGACACCGAGCUGGGUCAGCUCUGGUGCUCUGAGCCCCCUGGGACCCCAUUGGCUUUGACACAAGAUGAGGUGGCUCCGGAUAUUCCUUGCUGUGUUCAUUGGAUCCCACCAUGUUUGCCAUAUGAUUCAUGCUUGUGGCAACUCCUACAAGACUUCAGAGACUUCCCAAUGGCAGACCCUUGUGCUGAGCUUGUCCAAGACUACAAGGAACACUCUGGACUGCAUCGGUGCUGGUGGCAGUGAUGUCUCACUGAUGUCUGGACACGGCUGUUGCUCCACAAGUGCCAGCUCCAUGCACCAGAUGGGCUGACAGAUUCACCAACCAAGUCAGCCCAGUGCAGCUCUCCUCUGGAUAGUGCUGCACCGAGGUCAAAUGGGGUCUGGAGGACAUAUGGUGAUUUUAUGGGUUGCGGAGGGAUUGCUAAUGGAUGUGAAACGGGUAAUGGGUAGGAGAGGGGUGAGCAGUGAGGCUCUUAACUGGCACAGAGCAUUUGAAACCCAUCAAAUCAGCAUCUGCAGUUGAGAUUGAGUUGUGCUACAGCAUCCCUAUGAAUGAGGGAGCAGCCUCCUGGUCUAGGAUUGAAGACAUGGGUCUGCAAAGGGGCGGGUGCUGGAGAUAGUCACUGGGUGGGCAAGCUAAGAGAUUACAGGUGGGGGCAGUGUUUUCUGCAUGCAGGACCUCAUCUAAUUUCCAGGGAGGGUGGGAGGGGAAUUUGCACUGAUGUGAGGGAAGCACUGGGGGCAGCUGCUUUGGACCAAGUGCCACCUAACGAGGCCAGGCUGGGGUGUGCUCCUCUCCUGACCCAUCUCCUCUUCAGCUGAGGUCUUCUCCCUUUGCCCUGUGCUGCCCUGUUUUGUGUUUUCUGAUCUUUGCUUCUGCUGCCAUCAUCCCUUCCCUGCCUAUGUCUUAUAGCUGAAGUCUCAUCCCCCAACCCAGAAAGCAGCAGCCAAGUUGAGGGGCUGUGGGUUGCUGACAGUACUCGGUGUGUUCCCUUUGAGUGGCCAGCUGGGUUCUUGUAGAAUUUUGCUGUUAGAAGAACCAUGGGAUAAUGUCUGGGGCAGCAUGAUAAAAUGUCUCAUGAGCCUGCCCUGAAAUCCUGUAUGUGGAUAGGAACUCAAUAGUGAAGGCUGCCAGUUGGGUAGGGGAAGAAAUUAUAGGGAAGGACAGUCAAGCAUCCAGCACUAUCCUUUUGUCCAACCUUCUGGUCAUCUUUAUGCCUGUCCUUGUGUCCAACCUUUUCCCAUCGUUCUGCCCAACCUUCUGUCCAACCUGCUUCCCAUCCUCAUCCAUCCUUCUGCCCAUCCUUCCCCACUGUGUGAGCAGGACACACAAUGAAGCAGGUUUAGGAAGCUGGGUCUCCUCCAUGGCUCCCAUCCUCUUUGUUUUCCAGUUGCUCCAAGUUCCUUGACAGCCAGGCCAGCAGCUCACUGAGCCUGGGGAUGGAGAACUAGGAGAGCUCGGGAGCCGUCUGUUCUCUUUCCACCAUGCUGACCCCAAGCAUUGGGUAGAAGGAAUCCUAUGGGAACCUGCUCACAUCUUGGGGAAUGCACACCAGGGCCUCCCAUAGUGGUCCAACAGAGAACACUGGGUUCCGCCUGGAGGCUUUCCAGUGGGCUGGUGGCUGUGGGCUGCCCUGCUUUGGCUUUGUCAUAUUCUGCCCACCUCCAAGCACUGCUUCGAUGCCUCCAUUGCAUGUUUAGCUCCAGAACCUCACUCUGUGUCUUCAUGCAUUGCUCCGACCUCAGCCCUUCAACACAAAGCCCCAGGGAGGGCUCAGAGAUGGGAAGGGGUGAGAGUGCUGUGGCACUUCCCCCACCCCGCAGCCUCACCGCGUCGCUGCAGCAACCUCAGAUGUAUAUUUGUAAUGUUCUUUGUUCUCUGUAUGUUGGUGCGUGUGUAUUUACAUAUGAAUGUGUGUAGGUGUGUGUGGGUGUGCGCGCACGCGUGUGUGUAGCCAAGGGAUCUGUUUACCUUCUAUGUGAGUGACUGUACAGGGGGGGUCGGUGGGCUUUUUUUUCUUAGUUAUUUUUGGUUUCAGGUUCUUUUUUUGGUGGGGGGGGGAAGGGGGGACCUGUCUUGGAUUGAUUGACAAGGUGAGGGCCUUGAUUAGGACCAAAUCUUUGUGCCUGUUGCUAUGGUGAUCUAUUUAGGAAUCAAAAGUUUACUGUACGGUGGCCCAUCCUUGUCACUCUAUACAUACGAAUAUACAGGACAUAUUAUAAAUAUAUAUAUAUAUUAUACAUAACUGUAUGGAGAGAGGUCAUGAAUCUCACCACCCCCCUUCUGGCUUUGGAUGGACACCUCUUCAAUAUUCUGUAAUGUAGCUUUGACUCGGUGCUGGAUGUGACCACAAAGCUCCAGCACUCCUCCAAAAACUGGCAAUGACACCAAUAAAAGAAUGAGCAUCAUUG